UGCAGUUUUCCUGGACGAUUGUACCUCGAUCAAUGGUAGUAGAUAUUCCCCUUAUACAAAUACAGUAAGGUCAUAGGGCGUGUGUAGCAUGCAAGUGUCACGUCUGCAUUGCAGUUUUCCUGGACGAUUGUACCUCGAUCAGCGCCUGUUACCAUCGACAAGAUUCACCGCUCCGGGUGUUUACUCCAUCUUACAAGCUUCAGACGAGAGGACAGAGCCUGAAGCCGAUUCCAGAUUAGAGCCGACGCCGUGGUUUUGUAAAGGACCAUAAUAAUAAGGAAUAACUGGGAAAAUAUAACUUUUCUAGAGAUCUAGGAUUGUUAUAAUACGGUUUGAAUUGUUCUUUCGAGUUUUAAUCAAGAAUUUGUGUUGACCCCUGAUGAGCCGAUCCGAUGUUUAACCUCAUCAAGAGCAAUGCGUAGCAAUAGCACCACCGGUGAGCAUGGCUGUAGGACCAGCCUGGACCGACAUUGGGGCUGGGUAGUAGCGGUCGCUUCGUUUUGUAUCUACUUUGUAUGUUGCGGAACACUUGGGACCUUCGUCCUGUUGUUUGUCUACUUUGAGCGUGAAUUUCAGUCCACUGCAAUGGCUGUCGGGUGGAUUGGAUCUCUUGGUAAUGGACUUCUAAACUUGAUGUCUUGUGUGUCAAGCCCAUUGUACGAAAGAUGCACCCGUAGGAUCGUCAUCGCAAUCGGGGUGGUCCUUUGCAGCGGAGGAAUUCUAGCAACCAGCUUCACUACGUCAGUAUGGCAGGUUUACAUUACAUUCGGCAUUGCCUUCACCGUUGGUCUGAACUUCACCUCAAACCCAUCACUAAAUCUCAUGACGUUGUAUUUUCCUGGGCGUAACUGCGUCAGAGCUACAGCCUUUGCAUCUGCCGGCCAAGCAGUAGGUACCCUUACGAUGACACCAAUUCUGGAGGCAGUUUUGUCUGUGAUUGGAUGGAGGUCAGCCCUUCAAUAUUUAUCCGUUGCAAUCCUGAUUACAUGUCUUCCUCUUGCAGCUGUGUUCAAACUCCCACCACAACAACGUUCUACUAGGCUACAUGACCACGAUUUGCCAUCAGAAGCAAACCAGACACUGGAAGUUGUUAAUUUAAGUCGAGAUGAAAAAUGUUACAAAGAGAAAGCAACAUCGCCAAAGCAAUCAGCGUCAGCAGAGGGCGAGGAACUUGUUUUAGAACAAAAUAAAGGGAUUUAUUCAAACAAGGAGAACCAGGAAGAAGAGACUGGUACAUUUCUGGAAGUCCAAGAGGCCUCCGAGCUGCAAGUAGAGAUUAUCCCACCGCUGCCACCAAAUGACAAAUCUCGACCAGAAGCUGGCAAGGAAGAAACCCCGUUUAAAAACGAUGUUGAUGCGAAGAACAGGACAAGUUCUUGCGGGAAGUACAUCGCAUUGGGGAAGGAUCAUCGACACUCAUGCUUUUUCAUUGGCAUAUUAGGAGCGACAGUUUCGAUUUACUUUAACGGUAUCAACUUGAUUAGUUGUAUGACGGCCAGCGGUAUACCGGAGCGCACAGCGGCCUGGCUGAUCACCUUAUUCAACGUAGCCGAUCUGUCAUCUCGUGUAGUGUUGUGUUUCGUUGGUGACCAUCUACCGAUUGGUCGUAUCACGGUCCUGGUGGUAACGGCUGCGAUUGGGGCCAUAUCGUCCUUUCUGCUCACACUAGGGGUUUUACUGCCGAUAUUCAUCGCAUACUGCAUCAUUGCAGGAUUUGUUAGAGGCGUGUUUUUCGGAAUAGCUGUUGCUUGUGUCGUUGAACUCUUUGGGGCUCACAAAACGGUCGAGACGCUGACGUCACUCCAGAUUGCGUACGGGAUUGGAGGGCUACUUGUCUCAUCUGUUGCAGGUUUGAGCUAUGACGUCACGGGGACGUACAAGACGUCACACUACACGUGUUCAGUGCUGUGGGCGAUAGCCAGUGUAAUGUUCGGUAUCGUUUGCAAACUCAAGUGAAGCCCCUCCUGGAUUAUUGACAUUUUACCAAGUGAGCCCUCUUGUGAAUGU